AUGUUAGUCGGAUGCAGGAUAGCUCGACAGACUAUUUCCACGACAGCCCGUCGUCUCACCAUUCAACAACAAAAACGUUUCGAAAGUGUGAACACAACGGGAAUGUCCUCCUCAACACAUACAAACACAACUCCAGUUGUGCAGAGCCAUUUUGCGCACCGGCCACAGCAUGUCAGUUCGCAGCCGUCGAGAUCUAUGGAAAUGGACGAUCAAAACGGUUUGCCACACUAUCCGUCUCUUCUCAAUGUGACCCACAUUGACAUGACGUCGAGAGCCGAAGACAUUCGUGCUGGACUCAUUGAUACUUUCCUCAAUUUGGAGCGGGUUGACAAGAAUUUGUAUUUAGCUCGUCACUUGCUGAAAGGACGUAACUCACUUCCAGUUGUCUACGGAGGACAGGUUAUCGGUCAAGCACUUUCAGCUGCCACUGCAACUGUUGAUGUUGGUUUUGUUCCGAAUAGUCUUCACAGCUAUUUCGUUCAAAGUGGAAACGUGGAUCGUCCAAUUUUGUAUCAAGUUGAUCGUAUCCGUGAUGGGCGGAGUUUCUGCACUCGUUUGGUGAAGGCGUUGCAGGAUGGAGAGGCCAUUUUCACUGUUCAGAUCUCUUUCCAUAGACCAGAAGUCGAUUCGAUCGUUCAUCAAUUACCAAUGCCCGAAGUUCCAGCUCCGGAUAGUUUGGAAGAUCUUUCAGACACAUUCGAAAGAAUCAAGAAGAAUGCAAACAUUCCACCAGCAGCUCUGGCAAUGAUUGGAUUCAAACAGAAGGAGAUUCCACCUGCAUUCUUCAGAAUCUUCUCGUUCCGUCCUGUCGACAUUGACUCGUAUCUCUGUCUGAAGAAGGACGACAAUCACAGUGCGGGACACGGACAUCCAACCGAUGCCUACCGAUCAUAUGUGUGGAUCAAAGCGAAUGAGAAUAUUGGAGAUGAUCCACGUCUUCAUAUGGCUGCUGCCGCCUACAUUUCGGAUGCGACGAUGAUUGAAACUGCGUUGAGACCACACUCAAAGCGUGGCUUUAUCCCAUCGAUGGCUCUAACUCUGGAUCAUUCAAUCUGGAUGCACACUGACAAUUUCCGUGUGGAUGACUGGCUUCUCUACGAGAAUCAUUCGACAAUUGCUGGUGGUGGACGCAGUCUCAUCGAAGGAAAACUCUGGACGAGAGACGGACGUCUUGUCUUCUCAACGACCCAAGAAGCUCUCAUCCGUGCACAGAAAAAACCUUCAACUGCUAGCCAAGUUUCGCCGGCCAAAUAG